AUGAUCUCCCUUUAUGCUCUUUUAUUAAUUUCUGGUCUCCAUUUAUCGAUGAUCCCGGCACAGUCAACUACGACGAUUCCGCCGACAACAAAUAAAGGUACAACUACCUAUACAUUUCCAGAAUUUCCAUACAAGGAAUCCAAGAAAAAUGAAGCCACAUUUCGAGAGGUGGAAGCGGCCUGCGAAAAAGGAUGUUUAGGCAAAAGCGGCCUGUCAAAAGUCACCUGUAUUCGUCAGUGCGUUUCGCCAUCUUGUUAUCGAGAUUUAUACCAACAAGAUCUGUUUGCUUAUUUUCAGCUGGAAGAAGGUGAGGUGGAUGUAAGACUAAACUCUUUUAAAGGAUGUUUUAUUCAACGAUACAACAAAUCUCGCCCGUAA